GCAUGCGCAAAUUCAAUGGUUCGCAUUCCUAAGCUUGAAUACAUUUUUAUAGACUGAGACUAGAGAUCUGGAUCUUUAGAUCUAGAUCUUCAAGACUGUGGAUCUACAGUUAAUCUAGAUCUAUAUGUAGAUUUAAUCUAAUAAAGAUCUAGUCGUCUACCUAUAAAUUACCAAAGUUGUAGAUCUAGGUCUGCUUACUAAUUAAAAUGACAGCAAACAUGAAGAGAAUCUUUAGCAUACCAGAAAGAGCUCAUGGGCCUGGUCAUGUCACAUUUGCUUGGCAAAAAACUCUGGGCAAUUUUCUUGCAACUACCGGUUCUGAUAAUACAGUUAAAAUAUAUGAUCGACAUGGAGAUCUUAGAGGCAAUAUUACAUUGCCAGGGAGAUGUACAGGUCUGGACUGGGAUCAAGAUGGGGAUAUCUUGGCUGCGGUGUGUGAAAACUCACCUAUGAUAUUUCUGUGGUCCACCAACACUGAAAAACAUACACAGUUUGACAGUGGCCUCAAAGAUGCCAUGACUUUUUUGCUGUGGUCAAAGAAUGGUGUUUUUCUUGCUGUGGGGACAGUGAAAGGAAAUGUACUGAUCUACAAUCAACAAACAUCCAAAAAGAAUAUUAUUAUCGGUAAGCACACCAAGAAAAUAACUUGCGGCGCCUGGAGCAAUAAUGGCUAUCUAGCACUGGGCAGUGAGGACAAAAGCAUCACUGUUAGUAAUCCUGAUGGGGAUACACUAAGGCAGUCUCCUCUCAGGGGAGAGCCCUAUGAUUUGGAGUUCUCAGAAAUGAAGGAAGAUGAAAGAAGUUCAACAGGGGAAAACACUGUGAGUGUAAAUGUUGGUAGAAAGACUUUGUUUCUGUAUAACUUGAAUGAUUCAGACAAUCCUAUAGAGCUGGCUUUUCAACCCAAAUAUGGAUCCAUUAUAGCAUACCGAUGGUUUGGUGAUGGCUACAUAUUGAUAGGAUUUUCUCAGGGCUUUUUUGUAGUAAUAUCAACUCACCUGAAGGAGAUAGGGCAAGAAUGUUUCCAAGCUCGCAACCAUAAGAACAGUUUGACAAGUAUAGCCAUAUCCACAGCUCUGGGCAAAGCUGCUUCUUGUGGGGAUAACUGCAUCAAGAUCCAUGAUCUUACAGACUUAAAAGAGAUGUAUGCUAUCAUAACACUUGAUGAGGAGAAGAGUUUGGACAAGAUAGCAUGGAGUGAUGAUGGUCAACUGCUGGCAGUCUCUACACCAAGGGGAGGGCUUCACAUCUAUCUGGCCAGGUUACCUAUGCUGGCUUCUGUCAGUCAAACUCGCAUAGCUUAUCUGACAUCACUUCUAGAGGUCACUAUUGAAGAUCAAGUCACACAAGAAAAGCCCCAAACCAUUCAAGUUGAAGUAGAACCAUCAUUCCUUGCUCUAGGACCUUAUUAUGUAGCAGUUGGCAUGAAUAACAGAGCUUGGUUCUAUGUCUUUGGUGAGACUGGAGGUCCUCAAUUAUUACAAGAUAGUAAAGAAUACUUAGGCACAGUCCAAACAAUUCAUCUGAAUGCUGACUAUGCUGCUGUUGGAUUUGAAGGAAAGGUCCAGCUUCAUGUAGUGGAAGGAGAAGGAACCAGAGGCAGCGAUGAAAGAGACUCCAGACUGUUUCCUGACUCUGACCAAAAGAACUGUAAAAUAACUAGCCAUGUCAUGACGCCAGAGUUCCUUAUCUACAGUACUAAUAUAGGAGGGAUUCAUUAUUUUUUUAUUGAAGACUUUCAGUUCAUAGCCGAGCAUCGACAUGUGACAGGGAUCAGAAAAAUUUUCCCAGAUUCUUUUGGAGCACAUCUGGCUUUCAUUGACGAAAGCAGUGAUGGGUAUAUUUAUGUUGCUGCUGAUGAUACAGUAACCAAAAUUCCAGAAUUCUCAUCAACAGUUCAUGGUGUAUUAUGGGAAAAUUGGCCUCCAGAUAAGGGUGUUUUUAUUUCCUAUGAUAAUGAUAGAAUGUACACAUAUGUCUACUCACCAGACUCAUUUAAAGGCAGCCAAGUUUUAUAUGUUGGUGCCACCAAAUUGCCUUAUGGUCAAAUCCCAGUUCUGCUGUACAAUGGGGAAGUCACUCUGCAAACUCCUAGUGGCAAGCUGGCAACACUUCUUUUGGCAACUCAUGCUCAUGUAUUCAACGAAAUUCCAACACAACUUUCUCCCAGUGAUUUGAAGAUGGCAGCUCAGCAGUGUGUUCAACUGAAACGCUUCAAAGAUGCCUGGGUUUAUUGCUCCAUCCUGAACACAGAAAACAUGUGGAAAGAAGUGGGCAGAGCAGCGAUGCAAAGCAUGGAUCUAGAGUUUGCUCUACGUGUCUAUAGACACAUUGGAGAUGCUAGCAUGGUCUCCUCUCUACAGAAAAUUAAGCCAACUGAAGAUAAAAAUCUACUGUGUGGAUACAUUGCCAUGUUUUUGGGAGAGUUUAAUUCUGCACAGGAUCUAUUUCUAGCAUCCCAAUAUCCAUUGGCUGCUUUAGAGAUGCGACGUGAUCUACUUCACUGGGACAGUGCCUUACAAUUGGCCAAAGCUCUGGCACCUGAACAGAUCCCUUACAUAUCCAGGCAGUACGCUCAGCAGUUGGAGUUCACUGGGGACUACAUGAAUGCAUUGAGUCAUUAUGAGAAGGGAAUCACUAAACUGGAGUCUGAAAGAGAAAAUGAUGAGAUCUGUGCUGCUGGCAUAGCCAGGAUGUCCAUUAGAGUUGGUGACAUACGCAGAGGUGUCACAAUGGCAAUGAAAAUGCCCAGUAAAAUUUUAAAGAAAGAAUGUGCAGGAAUAUUGGAGAAUAUGAAGCAAUGGGGUGAGGCAGCUCAGCUGUAUGAACAAGGGCAAUAUUAUGACAAGGCUGCUUCUGUUUACAUCCGAGGCAAGAAUUGGGCUAAAGUGGGUGAACUGCUAUUGAAAAUAACCUCACCAAAGAUCCAUGCACAGUAUGCUAAAGCCAAAGAAGCUGAUGGUAGAUACAAAGAGGCUGCUGAAGCUUACAAGUUGGCCAAGGAAUGGGAUAAUGUUAUCAGAAUAAAUCUAGACCACCUUCAGAAUCCAGAGGAAGCAGUGAAGAUUGUAAGAGAAACACAGUCUGUAGAAGGAGCCAAAAUGGUGGCAAAAUUUUUCCUAAAACUGAAUGAUUAUGGCUCAGCUAUUCAGUUCCUUGUCAUGUCUCACUGUAAUGAUGAAGCAUUUCAGCUUGCUCAACAACAUCGGCAAAUGGAAAUAUAUGCUGAUAUUAUAGGCUCUGAUGCCACCACUGAAGACUAUCACAGCAUUGCUGUGUACUUUGAAGCAGAGAAAAACUACUUCCUAGCUGGCAAGUUUUAUCUAUUGAGUGGCCAGUACAACAAGGCAAUGAAACAUUUUCUUAAAUGUAACCCUGAUGAUGGCCAAGCCAUUGAACUAGCCACAGAGACUGUUGGGAGAGCCAAUGAUGAUAUGCUGACUAAACAGUUGGUGGAUUUUCUUAUGGGUGACUUAGAUGGAACUCCUAAGGAUGCUAAAUAUCUCUUCCGUUUGUACAUGGCAUUGAAGAAGUAUGGUGAAGCUGCUAGAACAGCAAUAAUAAUUGCCAGAGAAGAACAAAAUGCAGGCAAUUACAGAAAUGCUCAUGAUGUCUUGUUCAGUAUGUAUCAGGAGCUGAAAGAGAACAAAAUUAAAAUCCCAUCAGAGAUGGCAGUUAACUUGAUGAUAUUACACAGCUAUAUACUAGUCAAGAUUCAUGUAAAACGUGGUGACCAUAUGAAAGGCGCCAGGAUGUUGAUACGUGUGGCCAACAAUAUCAGCAAGUUUCCUUCUCAUGUUGUCCCCAUUCUGACAUCAACUGUCAUUGAAUGCCACAGAGCGGGUUUAAAGAAUUCAUCCUUCAGCUAUGCAGCCAUGUUAAUGAGACCAGAGUACAGGAACGACAUUGACUUAAAGUACAAGAGAAAGAUUGAGAUGAUAGUUCGUAAGCCAGACAAAACAGAAGAAGAAGAACCUUUAACCCCUUGCCCGUUCUGUGGUUUCCAAAUCCCUGAGACUGAACUACUCUGUUCUGACUGUAAAAAUAACAUUCCAUAUUGUGUUGUGACAGGUCGUCAUGUUCUGAGAGAUGAUUUCACAGCUUGUCCAAAAUGUGACUUCCCAGCCAUACAUUCAGAGUUCAUAAAAAUGUUGGAGACUGAAGAGAUCUGUCCAAUGUGUAGUGAGAAAGUCAGCUUGGCAAGUGUACAGAAAAUCAUAGACCCACAACAUUAUAUCUACCCAGAGACUGGAAUCUCAAAAGAUGAUGCUUGAAUGUCAUUGAUGCUGUAUUUUUUUUUUAGCAUCCAUAUAAAACUUUUUAAUCUGUCUGAUGAUGUUUCACAAUAAUUACUGAGAAUGAAUCUCUCAAAGCAACUAAAUCAAUAAAUGGAAAUACAAAUUUGACCAUUCAUUGUGAACAGUGGUGUGUGGAUCUGUCCAUUCUAUUUUGAUUUGUUAGUUCAAAGAUACUAAAUGUCCAGUGUGGUUGCACAAUUUUUAACUUGUUUAAAGGGAGCUUCAUAAGUAGAAUACAAAACUAGAAUUUUAUGUAAUUUAUUGUACAUAAAUUGUACAAUCAAAGUGAAUUAUACAUUAAUAUCCAGAAUCAAUUUUGUUUACAAAAGACAAAUAUGUUUCUAUUGUAAUUUUGUUUUGUUUGAGAGAUGUACAAGUCCAAAUGCAGGCGACAAUAAUCAUAAUUUUUUAUCUUUUUUUUUUAUGUCAGGCUUGUUAUUUUUCAAGCUUGCCACUAGCUGUGAUACAAGGUAUAAAUUAUUUUUCUUUAAUAUGAGUUCAUUUGUUUGACAUUUUUUGUUUUAGCAUUUCUAUGAUUUUUAUAGCAAUAUUUCAGCAAUCAAUUAAAAAAUGUAUGAAAAUUU